CAGCUCAGGAAAUAGCAAGUGGUGUGUUAGCAGCCCCUGACUUCCAGGUCGCUGAUCCUCCCGCCCAUGUCAGACCCAGACCUCUGGAGGCAAACAGAGGACGUGCAAGCGGAGGAGACGAAGGGAGUGAAGGAAAGAGGAAAGAGUGGGGGUACGGCGGAGGUGAGAAGCGUCUAGGGCCCCACAUCUCUGAGGAAGAAGAGAGAGGGUGACCUGGGAUGCUCUCCCCACUCCCACUCCUCUCGCUUUCCCGGGGUUCUGCCCCAUUCGGCCUCCAACCUGGCGGGGCUGGGGGCGGCGCCGAGGUGAAUGAAUAAUUGAAAGGGAGAGAAGGAAGAGGAGGAGGGUGAGGAAGAAGUGCAGGAGGAGGAAGAGGAGGAGGCGGGAGCCGCCCGAACAGGGUCCUCCCCGCUCGGCACCCCACCCCCUCCGCCGCCCGGAAGUCGAUCCCCGCCUCCUGCUCCGCCAACAUGGCCGCGAAGUCUGAUGGAGCGGCGGCCGCCGCCGGCCCGGGGCCGGAGGGGGCGGCUGGCGGAGCCCGCGGUGGUGCGGGCGGGCGCGGGGAGGCGCCGGCGGCGGCGGCCGGGGGGCACGGGGUGGCUGGGGCCGGAGCCCCCGGGCCGCGCUACGAGCUGCGGGACUGCUGCUGGGUGUUGUGCGCGCUGCUCGUGUUCUUCUCCGACGGCGCCACGGACCUGUGGCUGGCGGCCUCCUACUACCUGCAGGGUCAGCACACCUACUUCAGCCUCACGCUGCUCUUCGUGCUCCUGCCUUCGCUGGUGGUGCAGUUGCUCAGUUUCCGCUGGUUCGUCUACGAUUACUCCGAGUCUGCGGGGGCCCCUGGACCCGCCGUCAGCACCAAGGACAGCGGCACCGGGGGCCCCGGCGUCAGCACCAAGGACAGUGUCGUCGCCUUUGGGACCAAAGACUGCAGUCCAGAGCCCGGGCCCCGGCCCGCGCCCUCCUCUGCGCGCACCUACCGCCGCCGCUGCUGCCGCCUCUGUGUCUGGCUUCUGCAGACCCUUGUCCACCUCCUGCAGCUCGGCCAGGUCUGGAGGUACUUACGCACCAUGUAUCUGGGGCUGCAGAGCCGGUGGCGUGGAGAGCGGCUGCGGCGCCACUUCUACUGGCGUAUGCUGUUCGAGAGCGCGGACGUAAGCAUGCUGCGGCUGCUGGAGACCUUCCUGCGCAGCGCCCCGCAGCUGGUGUUGCAGCUCAGCCUCCUGGUGUAUCAGGGCGGCCAGCCCGACCUGCUGUCUGCCCUCUCCACCUCUGCCUCACUCGUGUCUCUGGCCUGGACGCUGGCCUCCUACCAGAAGGUGCUGCGGGACUCUCGGGAUGAUAAGCGGCCACUGUCCUACAAGGGUGCUGUGGCCCAGGUCCUGUGGCACCUGUUCACCAUUGCUGCCCGCAGCCUGGCCUUUGCACUCUUUGCCAGCGUCUACAAACUCUACUUUGGCAUCUUCAUUGUGGCCCACUGGUGUGUCAUGACCUUCUGGGUCAUCCAGGGAGAGACAGACUUCUGCAUGUCCAAAUGGGAGGAGAUCAUCUACAACAUGGUGGUGGGCAUCAUCUACAUCUUCUGCUGGUUCAAUGUCAAGGAGGGCCGCAGUCGCCGCCGCAUGACCCUUUACUACUGCAUAGUCCUGCUGGAGAAUGCCGCACUCACAGGCUUCUGGUACUCCAGCCGCAACUUCUCCACAGACUUCCACUCACUCAUCCUGGUAUGCGUGGUGGCCUCUAGCUUCGCUCUGGGCAUAUUCUUCAUGUGUGUCUACUACUGCCUCCUGCACCCCAAUGGGCCCAUGCUGGGCCCCCAGGCACCUGGCUGCAUCUUCCCCGAGGCCCCAGGGCCUUGUGGCCCACCAGCCGAGCCUGUCACAAGUCCCCCACGGUCCCUGCCAAGAACUACAGGAGCUGAGAGGGAAGGGGCCUCAGUGGGGGGUGACCGUGCAGGGACCCCCACACCACCUGUCUUCCAGGUACGUCCAGGCUUGCCUCCCACACCAGUGUCCCACACCUUGCGGACAGAGGGUCCUGUCAUUCGGAUUGACCUGCCUCGAAAGAAGUACCCUGCAUGGGAUGCUCAUUUUAUUGACCGGCGCCUCCGGAAGACUAUUCUGGCACUGGAGUACUCCUCACCCGCUACACCCCGGCUGCAGUACCGGAGCAUGGGGACCUCCCAGGAGCUGCUGGAGUAUGAGACCACAGUGUAGGUCACAGGCUCCCCCUAAAAGGGAUGGGCUUGGCUGACCCCACAUUGACCAGUAUUGUGCCCAGAAUGUCAGGGCCACCAGGCUAAGGAGCUACAUCUGUUGGUCCAAGGGUAGAGUGGCCCCACCAUGAGUUCCUUUCAGGGCAGAGGGUAAGAGGGUACCCUGAUGGAAACCCAGCCCUAGGCCCUGUUUUCAGCCUGUGGCCCAUUUCCUAAAUUCCCUGUGUCAGGGUCCAGGGAAUCAACUGGUGCUACACUCCCUGAGCUGCCCCACUCUCAAGAGGCUGACAUACCGUGGCUAAUUAUGGGAGCCACCACACCCUGUCUCCCACCUGGAAUUGCCCACAUGUCAACCCCUGGUGGAUUGCCAGAGAAGGGGCAUUGUCUGGGAUCCAUGACCUAAGCCAAGUUCUCCUCGUGGUGGUAUGGAGGUUGAGUUGUCCCUGUGGUGGGCAGAGAUUUGAGAAGGAUGAAGGAGGCUGUGGAAGAUGUGGGAUGAGGUUGAAGCUUCUGGUGGACAAAGUUGUUACAACUCCAAGUGGGCUCCAAGAUCUGGAGUUGGACAAGAGGGGAACUGAAAGAGGGAGUUGGGGUGGGUGGGAAGUUAGGGGGUGGGGGGCUAACAGUGCUGAAGAUAGACAGGAGGAAAACCCCUAAGACAUCUGGCAGGUCCAGGCUGGCAGAGAUAGCAGAUAGCAGUCUUGAGGGAGGGGAACCUUAGAUCCAGAGCACAGAGAAUGUUCUUUGAUAAAAAACCAACUCCUCAGUAGACACACUCUAUUGUGGACUCUUAUGGAUGAGGUUCCAGACACCUAAGGUAAAAUGCUUCAAGGAGCCAGUCUUUGUUUCAGAUGAGCAUCUGGAACAUUCCUUCUAGAUAAAACCUUGAAUGUCUAGAAGAUACUCUGGGCUCAAUCAUAGAUGGAGUUCUAGCACAUUUAGCAGAGCAACUGUUCUAGGGAGGCACUCUUAAUUCUAGAUUAAGUUCUGUAUAGCUGAUACAAUGUCACCCUGGAGAGUCACUCUGAUCUAGAUUCUGUUAUAAGGGUAAGGAUGCUAACACCACACUGUUCUUUCUUGGGGGAUAGGUGGAGUUCUAGUUCCUACCAUGAUAAUAAGAAAGAGGUCUCUAGAAUCCAGUAUAAGUAGAACAUUCUAGAAAUGGACACCCCAGUUCCGGACUUCUGGGGUUUACAGGAAUUCUCUGCCCCUGUCCAUUUUGGUUCAUAGCCAUCUUCCCAAGAGGAAAUUGUCUUCAGAACCCCUGAGACAUUUCAACUGCCAACUGGUUUCCAGCUGGUAAUGAUCAACAGGGAUGUGACAUGAGCCUGGCUCUCAGCCGUCCGUCCUACAGAUGCAGCUCCCUGGGGGCAACAGCUGGGAAAACUGUUUUGCUUCAGAUCCAACAGUCCUCCAAGGACCCUGUAGCACAUUCCCACAGCCUGAACAUCCUGAGGUGUCCGUGGGACCACUCACCCAGGGUCCCCUUUCCCCACCAGGACAACCAGUUCUGGAUAGGGUAGGGGAGUAUGGGAGCAGGGAAGCAGGCAGUUCUGUGGGAUGAUGGAACAGAGCCCUUAGGCAGAGGUUGAAUAACCCCUUUGCCACACUCCCUUUUCUAAAUGAGGUGCAUUCACAGUAAAGGUACAGCAAGCCAUGUCAAAGGUAGAUACAGACCUAGGCUAGAGGUGAGGUGGGCCAGGGGAAUCCCACACUAUGCAAAUUAUGAGGGCACUUAGCCUUCUCUGCUUCAGCCUCCUUUAGCUGAUAGCUGGGAUACUGAGGCCCAGAGAAUCAGCUAGUUCACAAGUUCCCAAAAUCCUGGCUGUGCUGUCAGAUAGUGAUGGGUUGUAGUGAGUUGCUGAGGAUUCAGGGAAAGGGCAGGACUGCCCACACAUACAGACAUACACGUCUCACCUGUGACACAAGUAAGUCAUUUCCCUCCUGGCACCACAUACCUGGACUGCAAAGACACCCACGCUAGCCAUGAUGGUGUGUGCCUCUCUUGACAAUGCAGAGAACAUGCUUCCUUCCUUUUUCUACUUCUCUCACCCUUAAGAAGCCUCAGGAACUGGCCUCAAGAUUGAUGGGUUAAAGGCUGGCAAGAGGGUUCACCUGGGAGGGUGCCUAGUUUGCGAUGCAUGCAACCCAGGUUCAAGCCCAACCCCCAUGACACCAGGGCAAGCUUCAAUGCUUUGCUGUCUUCCUUCAUCCUUCUGUCUGUCUGUCUGUCUGUCUGUCUGUCUGUCUGUCUGUGUCUGUCUAUAUAAAAAAAUUGUCCUGGAGUAGUGAAGCCCUGGUAAUAACACUAAAAAAGACUGGGGGCUACUGAAUAACUGACUUGGAUAGUGUGCUGCUUGGCCCUAUAUGUGACCCAGGUUUGAGUCCCACCCCCACUGCACAGGAAGAAGUUUCAUUGCUGUGAUCUAUCUAUCUCUACAUUUCUAUCUCUGCCUCUCUGUCUCAAUCUUUCUACCUAGAGGAGAGGAAAAACUGAUAGAUGACAGGGGAUGCCCAAGACUUCCCCAGACCCCUUCUGGUGUGGUCUUCCCUCUUCUUUGUCCUCUACCCAACUCUGUAUUAGAGGCUAAAUUCCAUCACCAUUUUCACACGUCAAAGCCCAAAGUUACAACACAAGAGCCCUGGUCCCAGGUCCAACUGACCAUACUGACUCUAUCAUCCUUGCCCUCUGUUGUUUCACUUAAACUCUUUUCUACAAGAGAGGUAUUAUCAACCCACCUUUUAGAGGAGGAAAUGAAGGCUUACCGAGAUGACAUGAAUGUCUUCCUCAGUGUCCCAGGUGUUCUAGCUGCUCCCAUUCUCCAUUCUAGAAGGAAUAGUUUAACAAUGCCUUCCCUGGGAGCUGGAAGCACAGAAAGCUUUGGGAGCCAGCUGGGAAACUCAAGGGUAAGAAUGGGUCUGGCACUGCUAAGUCAUGGCCUGAGGCUCAGGGAAGCCAUGGUCAUAUGUUUGGACACUGGGACAUUAUUCUAAUUCCAAUCCCCACUUGUUUCAGUCCCAAAAAAACCUUCCUUCCCUCAGAGCCUCUGCCUCCAAGAACAUCUGAGCAUCAGAAAUGGUCACAAGUGCUGGAGAAGAGAGAGUAGGCCCUUGAGGAUUUCAACUUCACCCCGACACUGCCCCCCAGCUUGGAACAUCAUCCCUCCCAGGCUUGAGGUCUCUUUUUUCAUCUUGUCCCUGAAGGUCCCCUUAUUUUACUGGGAUAGAGGAGUUAAACAGGGGAGGGGCACCACCUGUUUUGAGCUGUUGUCUAGCUUCUUCCCUCCCCCUUUUGUUGUCCUUGUUGUUUAUCGGCAUUGUUAUUGCUGUUGUUGUUGGAUAGGACAGAGAGAAAUGGAGAGAGAUGGGGAAGACAGAGGGGGAGAGAAAGAUAGACACCUGCAGACCUGCUUUACUGCUUGUGAGGCGACCCCCCUGUAGGUGGGGAGCUGGGGGCUCAAACCGGAUCCUUAUGGCGGUCCUUGCACUUCUUGUCAUGUGCGCUUAAUCCGCUGUGCCACCACCCAGCUCCCAUGUAUCUUCUUUUCUAUGGCACAAUCUACCUCAGUUGAUCUUUCUUUUCCCAACCAGACUUGGACUGCCUGGUCCCUGCCUCCUGGUCACCAUUUUCUGUCCUGGGUGCUCAUUCCUUCCCCUAAUUCCUGCAGUGUCCUGGUUAGUGAGAGAAAUUUCCAGAACCAUUACCCAGAGGAACCCUUGGGGGCUCCCUAAGCCAGAGAGGGUCAGCGGUUUUCCUAAGAGCACACAGGAAGUCAGUGGCAAAGCUAAGGUUUUCCUGGAGAUGAUAGGGAGUUAAAUUUAAAUUUUGCCAAGAGCAGAAGAGAACAGGCACUCUGGGUAUCAAACAUGCCAGGCCCAACCCUGUCCUUCCCAGUCUCCAGUACUUUACCCACAGAAGACCAGUGUCCUCAUUCCCAGGGUAGAUUUCUAUCACCUAGUUUCCUUGAACGGGCCCCCAGGCUGAUGACUGCUCCCUAAAUCACACCAGGCCAUACACACCCCCAUAGCACAUCCCUCUUCUAAUGUACCAUGUGCCUUGUGACUGUCACUCCAGUUGGACAGCACUCCUCCCCCAGGAGGGUGCCCCUCAACAAGGAAGGCUUUCUCAGUCCCCUCCUCUGCCUCAUUCUUGAGCCUCCCCCAAAUCUGCCUUAUUCCCAGGUAGCUUCUUGCUAUCUCUAGGUCCACAGAGUUUAGUUGCAUCAGAGGAGACAGAAAGGGUGAGACCUAGGGGAUGUCCAGAUCUCAGGAUGGAGGCUGAGAGGUCUGAGGGUAUCCAGGAACGGUCUUGUCUGCACCCCUAGUGCCCUCCUAAAUACUAAAGUCCCACAGGGACUUCCCUGGGAGCUCAGCUAGGCUUGGAGUUCAUGGAAACCUCAGGCAAAAGGGGGAAGGUUUUCUUAGAUAGGGGGAUAUAGACUGAAAUCCAAAUGCCUUCAGAUAAUAAAAUGAGAAAAAUGGAGGUGCUAUACAAUAGGGAGUGGUGGGGACUCUAGUAGACGGAAGAGUCCAUGCCUUGCCUAUAGAUAACUCAAAACAUUUGAACAUUCCUGUGUUGGCCAAGCUAAACUCAUGUGACCCAAAGUCACUAGUUUUGUAUCAAUGGUUCAAAAUGUUUAGAAGGUUCUAGGAAGACCUACAGAGUCUAGAAACCCUUCUGGGGGAACUCAAGGACCGAGGUCCUGGCCCCUGAGACUUCUAUUCCAACCCACAACCUGAGAACUGGCCUCAAUCUGAGAAGGGGGACAAGCCUGACUGACUUUAGGGUCCCUGAUUUGGGAACCAUCCUCUGGUAAAGGUUGCUGGCCCCUCCAGUGCUAGGGGCUGUGAUUGUCUCCAAUUCAGGGGUCCCUGGUUAUGAGGACUCUGCAUUGGGUGAAGGGUGAGUCCAGGUACAGGGUGAGGAUUGAAAGCCAGGACCCAGUGGCUUCCACUCUGCGCAGGCCUCUGCCACCCUCUGGUACCUGUCUCCUCCCAGAUGAAGCUGUAGAUAGGUAAGGCCUUCAGGAAUGGGGAACUGAAGUGAUCACUAUCUUUAACGAUGUACUUUGUGAUAUCUCAGUGAAAUGGACUGAAUUCCAAGCAGUAGGGAUGGGACCUGUGCUCCUCCUUUUGGUAACAUGCACUCAACCACCGUGGCCAGGCCCCUACUUCCCCCUUCUGAAUCAAUGGAGUUUCUGAGACCUUGUAGCUGGGAUAAUGGGGCUCUAAGGACCAUUCUGGUUAGGAAGGAAGUAGGACAUUGCUGGGUUCUUGGUUACUGCACGUACAGGGAGGGAGGAAUUGCUGGGAGCUGUGGAAUUGGGAGAAGACAGCACUGAGAUGCCUGGGUUCCUAGAGUCAGAAAACACCCCAGCGGGCAAAGGAGACCCAUCCUCUUGUACCUGGACUCCUUUACCCUUCUUUCUCACAGCCACCCUUUCCUCAGCAAUCCUAGUCUUUAUUCUAUGCACAGAAGCAGUAAGGGCACCCCCAAGAUCAGGCUGAAGGGGUGAGGCCCAGGGAGAUCGCAAUGACUUCAGUGUGGAAGGUGGAGAAUAAAAAAGGUGGGGGGGGGGGAGGAGUGGAGUUGGAAAGAAUAUCACCAGGGGAAAAAAAAAAGGAUUAUUCUUCCACCUCCCUCUCACCCAAAUCCAGAAUCCAAGUCAGACUUGUCUCCAUUGGCCUAAACUGCCAAACCUGGAGAAGCCUCAUAUAAAUGCAGCCCAUAAUAGCUGGAAAGGAUCUCCACAGUUCCCAGGACCCUCUCAUUAUUUUCACCCCUGAUGAUUUGGGAGAUGUUUUUCCAAACAAGUCUCCCUUAAAGAAUAAUUCAUUCGCCCAUGUUAAAUUAGCUCAAGCUGAGUUUCUUAUUGUAGAUAAAUGCUUCCCAGGCCUCCAAUUAACUUCUAGGGCCUUGAGGAUCUUGGAAUGUCUGUGUUCUUUUCAAGUGUUUGCCGUACAAGUCCCAAGAGCACUUGUGGGCCCCCAUUCCUCCUUCCCAGGCCCUGAAGUCUAGAACCUCAAGGUGGAAAUCAGUGAUUUCAUUAUCUUGUGUCCUGUUUUACUGAAGGAGCAGGUCCAGAAAGGAGGUCAGCUUAACACAGCAGGUUGGAAGAAGGAUGGGGGUCUGAAACCAAGGUUCUUCAAGGUCCCACCAGAACACUCCCAGCCCUGAUCCUCUCUGCUCCUUUGACUCCAAGAAUCACUAGCCAUGCCCAAGGGGCUGAUUUUCCUCCCUCAGCACAAUUCUGGGUGUUUCUCCCCUCCAGGUUUUUUCUCCCUUGGGCAGUCAGCUCACACCCCUCCCCAUUUCAGUUUCCUACUCCCGCUCCCCAACUGACUACAUCUGUGCCAUCCUCAGUCCCUCCACCCCUACCCCUCUGCUAUUCCCCCAAGAGGGGAAGGGGGCCCCCAAGCUGGGGCUUCUGUACUGAGACUCUUUUGUACACCACAAUCUUUUUGUAUAUUUUUAAUUUUGCUGCAACAUGAGAUAUUAAAAGUCAUUUCAGUAUGUGC